AUGAUCGGGAUUACCAUCAUCACGGGUUUCCUCGGUUCGGGGAAAACUACGCUGCUGAAAAACCUGCUAAAGGAAAGUCUGAAGAAAGAAAAAAAAAUCGCAAUAAUCCACAAUGAAUUUACAGAAAAUAACAACAACAUUGAUAAAAUAGUGUUCAAAGAUAUAAAUGAUAUUUACAAUUUUCCCAAAGCUAACAAAGCAGAAAGGGGCAGUAAGGAUGAAGCAAAAAGAGACUCUACAAAUGUCCAAAAAGUUGAUGACACAACAGAAGAAAAUGACUUAACCAUUGUGAACCGAAUCGAAAAUGAUGAAGGAUACAUCUACGAACUGAACAAUGGAUGCUUGUGCUGUUCCAAUAAGAGCAACUUUGUCAAAUUAAUUGAAAAUAUUUUAAGCAUGAAAAGUUCUUAUGAUUAUAUCUUUGUAGAAGUUGCGGGGGUCUACGACAAUAUUCAACUUAACAAUUUGUUAUGGCUAGACGAAUUGAACAAGUCCAAAAUUUACCUUGAUAGCAUUGUAUACGUUUUAGAUGCAUACAAUUUUUUAAAGUCAUUCCAAAGGGAUGACUUUUUUCCAUACCAAUAUGGUACAUUAGCAAGAGAUAAAGCUGAAUUCAAUUUCACAGAGGUAAAACAAAACUUACACUGUGAAGAAUCAGAAAGUAGAAUAGAGAAAGAAAGAAGUGAAAUUAAUUCAAAAGACAAGCAUAAUGAAGAUAUCCAAAGGGUAGGAGAAAACCCCACAAAUGAACAAUUAAUUGUUUGCGAUAUUGUAAUUAUAAACAAAAUAGACAAAAUAACCGAUCAGGAUAAAGAAAAGUUAAAAUGUUUUGUUAAAAAUAUGAAUCCAUUAAGUUAUAUAUAUCCGACUAGUUAUGCUAAAAUUCCAAUUGAAAAUUUAACCAAUCUAAAGUGCUAUGAAAAAAAAAAUAUAAAAAAUAUGCUCACAAAACAAAUGAAUUAUCAAAAUGAGAGUCACAAAAAUGUUUUCCAUUAUAGCGAUUUUGUUAAUUUUUCACUUCAUUUCAAUCACAGCAUUCCAGACUUAAUCAAUUUAAGUAAACAAUUGAACAAAAUGAAGAAGGAGUUUAUCCAAUCAAAAAACAAAGAUGUCAUAAAAAAUAUUUUCUCUUUCAAAAAAAAAAAUAUCUUUUCUUUUAAAAAAAUUAACAAUACUUUAGUUACACUUCUAUGGAGUAAAAAUUUAGAAAUAUAUAGAGGCAAAGGUGUUUUUGUUGCCUUCAAUGAUGACAUUUAUAGUUAUAAAAACAAAUUAAAAUUAAAUAUAUAUUACUACCAAAGUGUUGGAGAUCUAUACGAAAUUAACUUAGUUAAGAGUGACAUUCAUGAAUUUUUUCAAACCGAUACAAAUUAUCAGAAACCAAAAGUCCAUAAUUAUGAAUGUUCAGAUCUUGAAAAGGAUACACAUAUUAUACAAGAUGCCCAAAGAACAGAUCAUAAAGAUUGGGAAGAUGAAAUAUCAGAUGUUGAGUAUUACCUUUCCGAUUCUUCCUCCUGUAGCGACAAAUCUAGUAGCAGCGGUGGUAGUGACGAUUACAACUUAAACAACAUUUUGAACGGAUCUGAUGUCUUUACAUCCCGUUUUUUAUUCAUAGGAAAACAUAUAGACGUGGAGAAUAUCAGGAGUAAAUUGAAUGAUUGCUUAUGUGACUAA